AAAAAUGAAAAUGUCCCUCCACACCCUAAAGGCUGGGAGGAGAAAGUGAGAAACGUUCGUCUGCGUUCCUGUUCUCUCCUAGUAAACCAGCGAAUGGAUUGGCUCUGAACAGGGACACUGGAAGGGUUGUGAACAUCAACAACACACACAAGCGCACCGAGAGAAGGUCCUGCCGUUGACAGUUCCACAGGGACACCAUGACGUCCCAGAAGGACCCUCAAGGGGAAUUUUCAACCCUGACCAAGGUGACAGGGCCCUGCUCCUGGUCACGGGUCAGUUGUCCCUGCUGUAUCUCCAGCCACAUAGAGCCUUUGGUUCUGAUCCAGCUUGCCGAGAAUGUCCAGCCCAUCACCAAACAGUGGAUCAUGUCCAUGAUAUCUGCACCUGUGAAGGCUGGAGGGGCUCAGCUGUUAGUUCACCCCGGAGAGGACAUGAAAGGGGAUAUGAUAGUUGUGGCUGCCCCUCGAUGUACCCUUCUUAGGGUGACUGAGGACCUUGGCCUCUGCAAAACCUAUCAAGAUGGAAACAUGACGGCCUUCUCUUUUGAUGACCGUGACAACUUUUGCAACAUUGAUGACAUGAAGAAGUUCCUGACGCUGGCAGAGAGGCAGUAUAUAGUCAAAUAUGAAUUGGAUUCCAUGAGAGCCAUGGAGGACCAGCGAAUCCCAGGAAUCCCAACACCCAAGGGGAAGUUGAAAGCCAGAGUGAGCAUCUUACAGAAGCUGGAGAAAGCAGGCGUGAUCCGUAACAUCACCCCUCUUCAUGAUCAGAAGCUUCUGACGGCUCUAGGGAAGCAGUGGUACUCUCAGAAGAGUCUGUGGGGACAGCCUUUAGACUCCAUCCAUGCUUAUUUUGGUGGCACUAUAGCCUAUUACUUCAGCUUCUUGGACUACUACACUUUGUCGUUGUUUCCUCCAGCCAUUCUGGGCCUUUUCAUUACCUUUUUCCUCCCAAGUGCAAACUUCUCCAGUGGAAAUAAAACCGACAGCGAGCCGACAGCACUGAAGGAUGACGAUGACCACCCCUCGGUCAGCUCCUACAUGGUGCAGGCAGUCUUCAGCAUGCUGUGGUCCACGAUAUUCAUGGAGCUGUGGAAGAGGAGGAGUGCGGCCUUAUCCUAUCGCUGGGGCACUUUCAAUUUAGCCGAACAAUUCCAAGAGCCCCGGCCGGGUUUCCAUGGAGAACUCGGCACCAAUCCGGUCACAGGUAGACUGGAGCCGCUGUUUCCCGAUUGGAAGAGGAGGCUUAGGAUGGGUCUGGUCUCAGUUCCCGUGGUUGGGGUGUUUUUGGGUCUGGUGGUCAUGGGGAUGGCAGGUUUCUAUUUCUGUGAGCGCCUGGUCUCAAACUGGCACAAAGAAUCUGGAUCAUACUUCACUGCACCCUUGGUAUAUGUUCCUUCCAUAGCCCAUAUAGUCUACACCAACGUGCUGGGGAAUAUAUAUCGUAACGUGGCCCUGCAGUUAACAGAAUCAGAAAAUCAUAGGGAGGAAUCAUCUUUUGACUAUCAUCAUACGACCAAAGUCCUUGUGUUCACCUUUUUCAAUAACUUUGCUGUGUUGUUCCACAUUGCCUUCUUCAAAGAGGACAUGCCUCUACUGCGCAAGAGACUGUCCUCCCUUCUGAUCGUGACUCAGGUAGUGAAUCAGUUCACUGAGGUGGUGGUUCCUUUCCUGGUGGACCGCUUCCUCACAUCUGCAGACAGGAACCUGAAGGAAGAUGAUCCAGAGGUGGACCAUCUCCAGGCUCAAGGCAGCCUGCCAGCUUUCCCAGGGCUGUUUGCGGAGUACAUCGAGCUGCUUGUUCAGUUUGGCUACUUGAGUCUUUUCUCUUGCGUCUAUCCUCUCACCGCCCCUCUGUUACUGCUCAACAACUUCACAGAGAUCCGCACAGAUGCCUACAAGCUCUGCAAACUCUUCAACAAGCCCUUCUCUGCCCCUGUGGCCAACAUGGGAGUAUGGCAGCUGGCGUUUGAGGUGCUGAGCUUCAUCUCGGUCGUGUCUAACUGCUGGCUGUUGCUUCUGUCUCCACGUGUGAAGGAACUCACACAGGAAGCCGGCCUCAGCAGCAGCCAAAUUCUAGUCAUUGCCGUCAUUGUGGAG